CACACGAAGCCCAUUGAUUUGCAAGCGCUGAAUCCUGAUACGGAGGAAGGCCCACUGAAAGAAGGCGCACUUCAACAACGCCCACGAGCCCCCGUCAACGCCGAGCUCAAGGAGAUUUUCUACACCACCAAGCACGAGUGGUACACAAAAACUCGCGAACGACGCCUGCAGGAUUAUAUAAAGAAAGUCGCCGAAUCAAAGGACAAACCAUAUUCUAGCAAUUAUCUUCUCUGCCUCGAACAUUCCCCUGUUUAUACAGUCGGCAUUCGCUCCAAGGUUUAUUCCGACGACGAGGAGAAGCAUCUCAAAAGUUUGGGCGCAGAUUUUCAUAGAACUAGUCGCGGCGGUCUAAUCACUUUCCACGGUCCGGGCCAGCUGGUGGUAUACCCGAUCCUAGAUUUACGGCGCUUUUCUCCCCGUCGUUUUGGCGUACGGGCUUACGUUGAUGCCCUGGAACAGGCAGUAAUCGACUGUGUCAGCGAGGAUUUCAAUGUUUCGGGCGUCGGGCGCAGUCGGGACAACACAGGCGUCUGGGUGGGCGACAACCGUAAGAUAUGUGCCAUGGGAAUUGCCGUGAAAGAGGGGAUCACUUCGCACGGGUUGGCCAUGAAUUGCAACACCGAUCUCCGCUGGUUUUCCCAUAUUGUCGCUUGCGGUAUCCACGGCGCUGAGGCCACAUCCCUUUCCAGAGAAACGGGGAGUGACGUCAGUACAGAUAUGGUCAUCCCGCUCUUCGCCGCCCGGCUGUCCCACGUCUUCGACUGCUCUGUAGACGAAGCCUCGCCCGUGUCCCAUAUUUCCAAUAGC